AUGCCACUCCUAUAUGUCAGGGCCGUCGCCCCCUUCAUGCCCGGCCACAACGCAACGGACGUAAUAAUCAACGAAAUCCACUUCAACCGUACCGCCCUCAACCACUACAACUACACCCUCUACACAAAUGGCACCCUCUCCAAUGGUACAGACUGCUACCUCGCCUUCCAGUAUUUCCGCCCCUCCAUGUUCGCCAACAACGGCUCCUUCAUCAACGGUACUUCCUGCUACGCGCCGAUCCAUGAUAUCGGCCGCCAUGCGGGCGUGGGUAUGGCGUUCGCGCUACUGUUUGCUAUCUCGAUUGUUUUCAACCUAGUUGGGUUGAGAAAGCAUGGAAGGCGAUAUUUGCCGCCGCCGGCGGAUGAUUUUGAGAGGAAGCUCAGGUUGAAUUUAAAUUUGCCGGUUGACAAGCGCUGGAUGCCUGUUGGGAGACGGUGGAAGUGGUAUUGGUUGAACGGGUUGAGUGUGAUCGGGGCUGUGGGGGCGUUUAUGAGUAUUGAUGUGGAUCGGGACCAUGUGCAGAGUUCGCCGUUGGUUAUUCAGAGUAUUUUUUAUACGCUUUUGACACCGAUUAUGAUGGCGGCGGUCUGGGAGGGUGUACGGCAUUGGGCAAGCUUUCAACACCGCCAAAUUACAUCCCGCGACCCCUAUGCCUUCACGCAAAAGUCCACCCGUGAAGCACAAGAACUCUACCUCCCGCUAGUAUUCUACGUCUUUGCGUUUAUCAACUUCUUCCUCGCGGUCCCGCGCAGCUGGGACAGCAUCCAGCUCCAACGAAGCCCCUCGCAAACCUUAGACCGCGCGAAACCUUUUGCCACAGAUUCCCGGUUCAAAGCGGCGGGGUUCAUGGCCCUAGUCGCGGUUGCUGUUAUUUGUUAUAGCCUUGAGCAUAGUGUUUACCGGUACAUCCCGAAACCUAUCCCCAGUGGUGGAAACGCUGGAAGAGCAUGGAGAAAACAGGCCAUGUUCUACAUCCAAGGCGCGCCAUCCCAAUACCUCAUCGCGAUAAUUCUCCUCCUCAUCAAAAUUGCCUACGAUAUAGCCUCAGCCUGGGACUGGAACAUCUCACCCCUCCGCUACGGCGUACAUCUGGGAUGGAUUUACGGCCUAGGUUUCACACCCGCCAUACUACUGAUAAUACUAUUCAACAUUGUUGGCCUCUGCGAGAUGAAUGAAGACAAAGCAAUCAUUGCGCAGCGCAUGGAAAUCGAAACCGCACUUGCCAGCGAUACUCCUCUGGGCAAGAAAAAGGUUGAGAUGGAUAAUAUCAAGAAAGACGACGGCAUUGAAGUUACUGCUGCAGAGAGGGAUAGUCAGUCUAGUGGGACUGUAACUAGGAAUCCAUUUUUGGAUAAUAGCAGUGCGGAAAAUUUUGUGGAUGAGAUUUUUAAAGAGGUCGAGGAGAGGCAGCGGGCUUAG